AUGUCUAGUUUAGGGAAUAUACAGGUAAAACUUUCAGACGGGCGAGAUCUUACUGAAUUAUUCCAAUUUUUGAUUGAAGAAAAUGCCCGUAUGGAAGAAGAAUACGGAGAGCCUGUAGAUAUUCUUGACGACGAUUUAGAAAGAAACUUAGAUUACUUACCAGAACAUUUUCGUGAGCUAUGCCGAGAUAUUUUUACAGUAAAAUCAAAAGACUCUGUCUACAAGUUUGAUGAGCCAGACUCUCCUUUUAACGUAGAAUUUUCUCCAGACCAAGAACUUGUAGGUGCAACAUUUUUGAAAUUAAUUGAAAAAAUCACUGAUGAAGGAACUACUGAAUUAUCUAAUAUCGUGUUUUAUACAUUUCCUAUAUAUUCUUCUCCGAAAGAGCUAUUAGAAGCUCUAAUACAAAGACAUAGAGUUCCAAUCCCACCGCUUAUGAGUGCAAGUGAAUUUAAAACUUUUCAAAUGAAAAAAGUCAGGAGUAUCCAAAGCAAGGUUGCAAGCUUAUUCUUUUUUAUAAAAAUAAGGUAAAUGUUAAUAAUAAAAAAUUAUUGGGAAAUUCACUAUAAAAAUAAUAUUAAAAAAAAUGAAUAAAAUUAUGGCCUAUGCAUUUUAAGGAACAAAAAGGCAUCAAAGCUAUGCUUCAACGGUUUUUAGAAGACCUAAGAGACUCUACAUCAGACACCUUUACUAAAAAUAACUGCAAACCUAUUUUACAAUCUUUAGCGAGCUUAGAUGAAGAAGAAAAAGAAUAUAAAGUUACAUUUGGAGAUUUAAGAGAGCCUCCUCCGCCACAGCUACCUAAAGAAAUUGACUUUAAAAUGGAGCCACUUCUCCUAUGAAGCCCAACAGAAAUAUAAAAUUUCGCUUUGAAUUUUACUAUAAAGUUUUAAAAUAUUUUUGAUUGGUAAUUUAAUUAAAAUUGUAUAGCGAGGCAAUUGUCGCUUAUAGAAAGCGAUAUGCUUAAAGCUGUAGGCAUUGGAGAACUUUUAUCGAGGAAUUGGGAAAAAAAUGAUAAAGAAACUCUAGCUCCAAAUGUUUUAGCGAUUUCUAAAAGGUUUGCUAGCUGUAGGGGGCUGAUAUUGAAUGCUAUUGUGUCACAAUCAGAUUUUAAUAAUCGAGUAAAAAUUGUUAAAAAGCUUUUAGAAGUUGCGACAGAGUGUUUAACCGUGAUAAAUAAUUUUGAGAGCCCUUUUAUUAUUAAUUCAGCAUUAAAAAGUGACACUAUUAGAGCACUGGAUGCUACUUGUAAAGAAGUCAAAAAAAGCGCAACCCAUCGAGGCAUGUGGCAAAAACUAGAAGAAAUUUAUGACUCAAAUUUUGUUGCUGUCAGACAAGAAAUGGUUACGAAUAAUUGCAAAGUCCCAUGUUUUUUAGCCCUAAGACAAGAGUUGAACCAAAAUGAUAUAAGAAGAAAAGAUAAGCUUGAGUCAGGGCUAAUUAAUGUAAGCAAACAUAAAGCGACUGCAGAUGUGCUGGAAAGAAUAACUAACUACCAACAACAAAUCCUGGUUUUCCAUCCAAUAAAAAUGCUUUAUCAAUAUUUAAAAGCACAAGAUUUUCAAUGUGAUGAAGAUGCAUUGUUUAGACAAGCCAAAAAUCUGGAGCCUGUAACUAACUAG